AUGUUACUAUUUUUGACAUUUCUAUUGAUUUUACCAUUGAACGCUGACCGAAAACCUUCAUUUCGAACUACAUUUUCAUGUUUCAAAUGCACACAUCAUGAUAAACCUCAAGAAAUGAAAGAAGCAGCAUGUAUGAAAAAAUUUGAUUUAAGUAAAUAUACUCAAGACGAAUGUCAAAGUGAAAAUGGUCCAGGCAAAUGCCUUAAAUCAUAUGAAAAAACGGAAGCACGUACAAAAAAACAAAUUGAAGAUGAUGAACGGUCUGUAACAACACGUAAAUGUGUAUCACAAGGUGAACUUGAUUAUUUAAAAAACAUACGAAACGUUGAUACAACCGACGGAUGUCAUACGAUACGUUCAACGAAAACUAAACAUAAAGUUUAUUGUUUUUGCUCAACGAAUCUAUGUAAUCAUACGCGAAAAAAUUAUAAACUAUCCAUAUUUAGUCUGUUUUUUUGUCUAAUAAUUGUUUUAUUUUAUAAAAUAAAAAUCUAA